CUUUACAGCAAUGUGCUAAUAAAUUUUGUGAUCUUGUACUUUACAACCUUUAUAAAAGAUGCAUUUAAGAAUAUUCAUUUUAUUUCUAAUUUACAUGCCAAUAAUAGAAAAUAAAGAAAAUUGUGGCUGCAAUGUUGAUAGAGGUAAAGCAAAAUAUAUAAAGAAUGAAGGUGAUAUUAACUUAACAUCUGAAGAAGGUGAAUGUCGCAUUGACCUUCCAAGUGAUAAAGAAAGUAGGAUGGUUUUGGUACCAGAAAAUACUUAUCAAUUUGGUACCGACGAUAUCGUUCUCGACGCCGACAAGGAGGGUCCAAAGCAGUUGGUGAAAGUGAAAAGUUUUUAUUUAGAUAAGUAUGAAGUUUCGAACAUAGAUUUUAAAAGUUUCGUUGAUGCCACACAAUAUAAGACUGAAGCAGAAGUAUAUGGUGACAGUUUUGUGUUUGCACUCUUCCUCAACGACACAUUUAAGGAGCAGCUAACUGAUUAUAGAGUGAUGCAGGCACCUUGGUGGUACAAAGUCAAUGGUAGUAGCUGGAAAAACCCUUAUGGCCCAGAUAGUGAUUUAGAAGGUCUAAUGGAUCACCCAGUUAUUCAUGUUUCCUGGAAUGAUGCAAAGGCAUAUUGUGCUUGGAGAAACGGUAGAUUACCUACGGAAACAGAAUGGGAGGCGGCCUGCAGAGGUGGCCAUAACAACACCAAGUACCCAUGGGGGGAUAAAUUGUAUCCAGAGAAACAACAUAGGGCUAACAUUUGGCAAGGAACAUUUCCAAAUCAUAACUCAGCUAAAGACGGGUUCAUUGGUACUAGUCCCAUAGAUAUGUUUGCUCCCAAUGACUUUGGCUUGUACAACAUGGCAGGCAAUGUUUGGGAGUGGACAGAAGAUUCAUGGCAGGGAAGAGAUCCCAAAGAAAAAGUGAAAAAGGGAGGUUCAUACUUAUGUCAUCGCUCCUACUGCUACCGCUACAGAUGCUCAGCGCGCUCUCACAACACUGAAGACAGCUCAGCCGGAAAUUUAGGGUUCAGAUGUGCGAAAUCUACAUGAGCAGGUUCUUUUCUCGAUUUUUUUUUAUAUCUUUGUACAAAUAUUAAGUACUUAACGGCUCUUGGACUAUAAAACCUCGCAUUUAGAUCAAUGUUGUAUACUCGUUACCGUGUUUAGGUAAGUUUGUAAAUUAUUCUUAACUACUGUGCAAUUUUAGUAAACUUGUUUUGUCUUUUAAAAUAUUAGUUUUUAGAAAUUUU